AUGACCGCCGAAGACGACAAGCCGGCGGAACCGCAAACUCCCCAUCGUGUCUCUGCUGCCGCCAAACCAAAAACCCCCAAUGCGACUCACAACAGAAAGGCCUCGGCACCCGGCGGCGGUGUCACUCCCAGGAGUGCCCCAGCCGCUGGAGCCAAAGGCCAGGCUGCGCGCCAGCGUGCUGCCACAAUGAAACAGCAGCCUACUCUGCUUGGCGACUUCCUACUGGGUCGUCCGUCCGCUGCUCGGGUCGCCGCUGAUAAAGAAAAGCGAAAGCAGCAAAUGAUGACGCUGGAACAGGUCAAGCAGGAGAUGCGCGAGGCUGCCGUGCGCAGGGUGCAACAACCAGGAGGUGUUCACGACCGGGUCAAGAAGUGGCAACAGAAGAAUGCGACAGCAAUCGCCGGCUCAGAUCCAUUCGCAACUCCCAGCGAACCUAGUGAGGUCCACAUACAAGUCGAGGAAGAAAGCGUGACGGAAGAGGACCGCGUGAGGAUUAAGAAGGGUCUCAAGAAGAAAGCGCCAACCCCCGUCAUCGUCGUGGAGCAGACUAAAGCCGCCGUCCAGUCCAAACCCAGUGCCGAUAUAGAAAAGGAAAACACAGAAGAUGGCGAGCAGGCCAUUCCGCCCAAGAAGCGGGUAGUCAGCGACACCAACUGGAUGAAGAAUAAGAGCAGAAGCCCACCAAGAAGCAAAUCGCCAAAGUCCAAGGCCGCCGGCGGGUCGCCUUUGCCGAAGAAUUUCUCCCCAAGGACAGCACCUAAUCCUACCGUCAAGAACAAGAUCAAGGACUGGGCGGCACGUGUGGAGAUUCCGGACGAGCCAGAAAUCAAGCGCUACAGCGUCCCAAGGUCAGUGGGAAGUGGCGACGGAAUUCGAGUCAAAGCCAUGCGAAGCGAAGGGGAUGUUUCCAUGGCAAGAUCUAGUGCGAGAUCAACGGCCAAAUCCGAGAAUAUGGAGAUUGUUGUGGAAACGAGCAAACCACGCAAGUCCACGCGGGUCGAUGAUGACGGCAUUCGUAUCAGGCCGUGCAAAAGAAUCAUAGACGACGAUGGUAUCAGAGUCACGCCUUCAAGAUCAAGUUUACCAGACGACGGUAUCAGAGUCACGCCUUCAAGAUCAAGUUUACCAGACGACGGUAUCAGAGUCACGCCUUCAAGAUCAAGUUUACCAGACGACGGUAUCAGAGUUACCCCUCUGAAGUCAAAUUUGCCGGAUGACGGUAUUAGAGUGUACGCUGGAGAUCGCAAAUCUAGCGCCAGCACCAUUCGAGCAACAUCGCGGCAUGGCUCGGCGAAGGCGAAGAGUGCGCGCAAGGAACCCUCGCCUUCAGAAAGGAUUGAGGUAUUCGAAGAGUCUGAAUCCGACAUGCCAAACACGCCUACGAGGCGAAGCAGCGGGAAGAAGUCCUCUAGACUAUCCUCAAAAUUGACACAUACUACUGCGGACCGGAGCCACGCCGAUACAGGAACCACAAUGACAGGGGACACCGGCAUUUACAUGACAGAGAAUGCGUCCGACAGCGAGUCUUGGACAAGCGGAUCCGAUGACGACUCGGCUGUUCCAUCCAGCCUGCCCUCCAGGUUGGCUGAGAUUCCUGUCGGAUAUUCAGCCUUCAGUGAGCUCAAUCUUCCAACAAGGAAGAGCUCGAAACGGCCAAAGACGAAGAGAAACCCCAGCUUCAAAGGUGCUACUAACGUCUUGAAGAAGGCAUUCGUUGAAAGCAAGAAGAUACUCUCCGAGAGAGCUGAGCCGGCUUCUAAACCAGUUGUAAACCAACCACGAAGCAUUGAGUCUUGGCUAAACAAGACAGUCGAUCCGUUUGUAGAAGAGGCCACAGCCAGUGCGCCAACAACUGAGCCAGCGAAGAAGGCUAUUGAAAAGGAAUGGGCUCAUGAAACCAAAACAAGACGGUCGGCGUCCAUGUCCAAACCAAAACCUGCAGAAGUUCAGUCAGAAAUCACCUCCAGCGAACUUACCGCGACGGAUCUGACCGCGACGGAACUGACCGAAACUGAGUUAACCGGCACAGAAUUAACCGGUACCGAAUUGACUGGAACUGAAUGGACUGGUACCGAACUGACCGGCACUGAAUGGACCGAUACCGAAUUGGCCGGCACUGAAAUGACCGGGACUGAUCUGACCUCCUCAUCAAGAGACACAGAAAGCACUCUUCUCAAGGAUGACAACGUCAAGAAGCCUGCCACGCCCAAGAGUCAUGACAAGGUGGAAGAAGUGGAGUCUAGCCCAGGUUUGGGUGGACUGAGGAGAAGUCGAGCUAUUAGGACUGCCUCAUCUCCUGUGAAGCCAGCUGCGAAGAAAGGGUUCAAGGAAAGGCUCAAAGACGCAUUUCGUGGAGAGUCGAGCAUGUUCUACACAGACUUUGCAAAUGAUGUGAAAAAUGACGAUCGCCAGUUCGAAGAAGAUCCUCGGGAUCGGCGGCGCUCAGCCGAGUCUAUGGACUCAGCUUCCCUCUAUAGUCAGGAUGAUGAAUCCUCUUUGGCGCCUGAGCAGCCAAAGCAAUCGCCUGGUUCUACAUACCCCAGGCGUCGACCUCCUCCGACCAAGGGCCACCACGAGUUGUCAACGAUUCUCUCUUUGGAAUCGCUCGGUACCACGGACUCGGACGUCUCCUCUGUGUUAUCCGAUACAACCAUAACCCAGACCACUGCUUUUACUGGAAGCACUGGUUCUGGAUUAUCUCGCCACAGGAGUAAUAAGCCCGGCAAGCCCGGUUUGAAAAGGCGACUUACAAAACACUCCGAUCUGGUCUCGGUCCUAUCUCUACCAGAUGACACCAACAACGUUGGCAGAAGCCGAAGCCUCAGAUCGGCUCGCAGUGUUCGCAGGACAUCAAACCAUUUGAACUCUGCGACAGUAGACGCGCUCUUACAAGAGUUUGCGCAAGACGAAGAUCUUUACCGAAGAGAAUUAAAGACACUCGUUGAUGGUGUCAUCCCGGUUCUUCUUAAUCAGUUUCUGCAUGGGAGUGGCUCCGUGGUUUCGGAAGACCUCUACUCAUCGCCAACGGCGAAAGGCAAAGAGGACAGCAUGUCUCGAUCUGUGGUGCAGAUGGGUAUUGCAUUGGAGAAAAUAAAAAAUGCCCACAAGAAGUGCCCCUUAUCCGAUGCACAUAGAUUACCCCAGUGGCUGGAGUCCACACAUACGAUUUAUGACAACUACCUCGAUGUUUGGCGGUUGGGCUUCAACGAUCUGAUUGUCAAUCUGGCUCCACUGGCCCUUGAUGACAACGAUUCUCUCAUCAAUGCUCUUCCCCGCAACGAGGAGGGUGAUGUCGUCAACGAGGAUGGAGAGCGUGUGGACGUUGCUCACUUGCUGAAAAGACCUCUUGUCCGAGUCAAGUGGAUCACGAGGUUUAUUAGAGGUUAUCGCACUGUGACCGGUACAGACCAGUACCAAGAUCUGGCAGCCACUUGGGAGAAGCUGCAAGAUAAAGCGCGACGAAGGCACAAGGAAGAAGGCGCAAGAGUUAUCGACGACGAUGCGAUCAACACUGAUACCAGCCGUGUUCGAGACCUCAGGACCUUUGAGACGCUUGACAACGUCAAAAUCGAUCGGUUCCGACAAGUAUACGCAAAAGAUUUAUUCUCCCUGGAUCUUCGACAUACCAAUGGACAGCGGCUCGACUGUCAAGUUGAGCUAAUAUCACGAGACAACCAACUCUUCAAGUCGGAUCCUGGCGAUCUCUUGGUUCGUGAAACCGGCACUGCUGGGCGAUCAUGGUUGCUCUUCGCACCCAUUAUUGGCGGCCAAUAUUCCGCACGAAAAGGUGACCACAAAGGCGAAUUGGUGGUUAUGGUACGAGGCAAAUAUGACGAAUGGUUCCAACUCCUCACACUAAAUAGCGAUAACGACGAGCAAGUGGAAGAAUGGAUUGACAUACUCGGUAUCAGUCCGGUUCCACCGGCCGUCUCCAAGGUAGAGCCUCGAGAGACCUCUUCAUUGCCGGUUGUGCCCAAACCCACGAUUGACGAAGCACCGUUGGGUGAACGAAAACGAAGACAAGAUGCACCCGGUGUCCAUUCACCUCAGAGGGUAGACUCAAAUCCAGAAAUCCACACAAGGACUCCACCAGCUCGAUAUCACCAACGAACCACGAGCGGGCCGACAACACCCGUGUCGCCCGUUUCAGCCCCUGCACGAGAGAAGACACCGACGCAGGAUACAUACACUCAACCUAGGUCGAGAUACGCAUCGGAAAGGCGCCCGCCAAGCCAAGACGAAGGGCGAUCGCGUCCGUUGAAGGAGCAUAUGCGACCUGAACCGUUGAUUUUCCUCGAGGAGGCCCCAACUACUUCGGCAGAACCAGAGGACCGCGAUACACCUCCACCACCCCCCGCACAUCGCAGCUUGCCUUCCAAGAAGUCGCCAACUCUCUCACCUCCCGUCGACUUGAAACAGGCAAGGAUCAAGCGACGAGGCUCCUCUCCUCUGAAGCAUGAAUACCAACCAUCUGAAGGUUCCAGUUCAUCCUCCGAGUCCGACAUCGAUGAUGAUUCGACAUCUGAUUCCUCCGAGGACGAGUUGGAGGCUGCUGAUAUCCCCGAUCCCAUGCCCGCAAUCAGUAUCAAAAGAUCGCACGAGGAAGCGCCCAUGGGUUCUGCGAUAUCGGACAGCAGCAUGAGCCUUACUCCAUCAGCCUCAGCUUCGCAGGCCGGCAUGCCAGAUACUGCUGACCAGCGGCCAGCGUAUGCCUUUAGAUCGAUCGCUUCCAUCUCAUACUGGGAUAAUAAGCGAGGCUGCUGGAAGGAUCUGUGGGCCGAUGUCUGUUCCAUCGUCACCACACCUGGUCUGAUCGAGGCAUACCCUGCCACGAGUGCUAAUGAUGAAGACCGCCCGUUGAUCGCGCUGGAUCUUACGCCUUUGGUCAUGCUUCGAAACAGUACCGUGCUGGACCUCGAAAUAAGAUCUCCUGUCCUCAGCUAUGCGCGACUGUACUCCAAGGUUUCCAAGAUGGAGACAUGCGUCUUCCGCUUUCGCACGGCCAACAUUGCCGAAUGUGAGCAGCUGUACAUGGCUGUUCACCGGGCGCGCAUGGACAACGCCAAGUUCAAGGCUCUGGAGGAAGAAGCACGAAUUCGCAAUUUCGGCCAGCACCAGGCUCCGGAACAGGACGGCGACACGUCUUCACGUCGUCGUAGCUGGUUCGGUCGCAAGAACAGCUAUCGUGCUUCCACUCGCGCCCCCUCGCAAUCUGCCGGCAGCACCUCUCAUGCCUCCAGUGUCUCGGCCUCGUCCUUAUUGAGGCGGCUGAUGGGAGGUGGUCAACAAUUCGACAUUGGUAUGUCUUCUAUCGACAGGCAAUCACGGCCAGGCACCCGCGAGGGCUCCUUAUACACCAGCUCGUCGUCGUCGGGUUACGGCACACCACGGUCACCCUCUGUGAGCGCAGCACAGUCGGGAAGCGCAGCUCAAAUGAGCCUCACAACAAAUAACCUCAAAAUUCGACUCCAUCUAAUGGUCAGCGCAAGCAAGUGGUAUGACCACGGCAACUGUCUUCUCGAAAUCACGCGACCACCGGCCGGCACAAGACAGAACUUGCGAAAAUAUCAGGGCAUGGAGAAGCGCAUCAUUGUGACGCGUAUACCUAAGAAGUCGGCGGACAAGGAUAAGACACCGAUUGUGGUGCUAGAUGUAGUCCUAGGAUCGCGUUGCUUCUCGAGGUUGGGAAGCAGGGGAGUGUUGCUAAAUGUGUGGGAGGAGACACUGGAAGAAAACGGAAUGGUGUCGAUAGGAGGUGUCAACGCAGGAAACGUGAGCAAGUGGUGUUUCGCGUGUGGAAGUGUGUCCGAGGCGAGCUGGAUUUACGGCUUGGUCACGCAGGAAGUUGUAAUUGGAUGA